AUGGCUGAUGUUGAUCAAGUAUUCAUCAAGAAAGUUACCGCUUUAUAUUUGCUCUGGAGAGCAGAACAGCGGCGUAGGGGUCAGCGUCACCGUACUUGGGUCCACCAGACCCUCCGGAGGCGUUCCCAGUUUGGUGAGUUUCAUCAUUUGCUGCAGGAGCUGUGCCUGGAUGACGGCCGCUUUCAGCGGUACUUCCGCCUGUCUCGCGCCCAAUUUGAUGCCCUGUUGUCCCGCGUCGGAACGAGGAUCACUCUCCGGGACACCAACUACAGGCGCUCUAUAACAGCUGCGGAGCACCUGUCCAUCGGUCUUCGUAAAUCGCAGGACCCAGCACCAGGAGCAGCCGCCAUCCCCGGGACAGCACCAGGUGCAGCUGCCAUCCCCGGCACAGCACAAGGUGCAGCCGCCAUCCCCGGGACAGCACCAGGUGCAGCCGCCAUCCCCGGCACAGCACAAGGUGCAGCCAUCAUCCCCGGGACAACACCAGGAGCAGCCGCCAUCCCCGGCACAGCACCAGGAGCAACCAUCAUCCCCGGCACAACACCAGGAGCAGCCGCCAUCCCCGGCACAGCACCAGGAGCAGCCAUCAUCCCCGGGACAACACCAGGAGCAGCCGCCAUCCCCGUCACAGCACCAGGAGCAGCCGCCAUCCCCGGGACAACACUAGGAGCAGCCGCCAUCCCCGGGACAACACCAGGAGCAGCCGCCAUCCCCGGCACAACACCAGGAGCAGCCGCCAUCCCCGGCACAGGAAUGUGCACUCUGCUCAUCUAGACGGGAUGUUAUCAACAGUCUUUUGGAGG